AUGAGGUCAAGUGCUAAUCGAGAGGCCUUCCUUCGGGAGAUGGGUAUCACCAAUGAUGAUAUUCUACACCCUGAUGACCUCACCGCUAGCAAGGACAAAAUCCAAAAGCCGAAGACGCAUUUGUCCUGUCCAGGUGAUGCUUCUUAUGCCACGAAUUACAAAGGUGCCGGCACCUGUGGUACGGGUUCGUCGACGUAUUCGAAGAACCCCCCAGUUCGCGCGGAUGCGGCCGCGGGCACCGCCUUUGCCGCCAUGACGAUGAAUACCACCCACAUCAAGAAUGAGGUUGAGGAAUUGAAAACGGCCGGGAAUCACGCCUUUGAGAAUGGGAAGUUCGCCGAGGCGAUUCGUCUGUACACCAAGGCGAUCAAAUGCCAUGGCGAGGCCGCGGUGAAUGGCUCCUUGCUCAGCCUGAGCGCCUCCCUCGGAGGUGGAGGCGGAGGAGGGCGGAGCCCCGCCUUAUCCAACGGAGGAUCCAACAUGCUUCUUGCCACCCUUUAUAGCAAUCGCUCCGCGGCGUACAUGCAGGCGGCGCGGGAUCCUAGCGUCUCCGAAUCCCCCGAGGCCGCCUAUCAAACCGCGCUUUGUGAUGCCGAGCAGGCCGUGGCGCUUUGCCCGGAUUGGUUCAAACCCUACUCCCGCCAGGGCGAUGCGUGCUUUAAACUCCGCCAGUACCACCAGGCGGCGGAGGCCUACCAGAUGGCGCUCUGCAUGGAGCCAGGGAACGUCAACCUGGCGAACUCGCUGCGGGAAUCCCAGGAACGGGCGAGGUCGGGGGUGCUCGAGCGGGUGCGAGGGAAUCGUGGAGGGGCCGGGAAACCCUCUGGAUUUGGCGGAUACGCACGAGGGGAUGGAGAAAACGAAAGAGAAAAAGAGAGAGAAAGAGAGAGAGAGAGAGAGAAAGAAAGGGCGGAGGCGAUGGUGGAUCCACCUCCUCGCGCGAACCCCGCACGACGCCCUCCUCCGCCUCUUCCUUCCUCCACCGCUCCCCGUUCGACCACGACGACGUCAGCAACGACAACGGCGAUGACGACGACGGGAUCGGGGGCGAUCGUCACCCCGGAGGAGUACCGAAGUAAACAACUGGAAGCGUAUCGUCGGCGUCGGGUGGGACGGGUGUCGUCCGGGGAUGACACCCUCUCGGAGAGCGCGCGGACGACCCCGCCGAUGACGGCUGCGAGCUCGAAGCAGGGGUCGAUGAUCCUCAACGGGGAAGUGCCUGCCCGGACGACCGGGAGCGGGGGAAUCCCGUACGCCUUCUCCAGCGAAGCCGCCGCCGCGUAUCAGCAGAAGCUCCUCGAGGAGUUUCGCCGCAAGAAUGGCAAGAAAUAG